AGGCAUUAGUGGACAGGCCGUUUCUUCCUUCCCCAAAAGGCCCGCUCCGGAGCUGCUGGAGGCCCCACCACCCCGGAAGCUUGCUCACUUUGCAGGGCAGCCCUGAAGAUGGAAGACCAAAAGGAUGACCUGCGGAAGAUCAUCACGACCCUCGCGGUGAAGAAUGAGGAGAUCCAAAAUUUCAUCUAUUUGCUCAAGCAGAUGCUUCAAAAUGUGGAGAGUAAUUCGAACCGGGUCCAAGACGAUCUGGACGCUGAGUUCCAAUCUCUGUACGUCCUGCUGGACGAGCUGAAGGAAGGGAUGUUGAUGAAGAUCAAACAAGAUCGAGCCAGCCGGACUUACGAACUGCAGAACCAGCUGGCGGCGUGCACAAAAGCCUUGGAAAGCUCAGAGGAACUUUUAGAAACCGCCAACCAGACCCUCCAAGGGGCUGAAAAUCAGGAUUUCCACCAGGCUGCUAAACAGAUCAAGGACAGCGUGACGAUGGCCCCAGCCUUCCGCCUCUCGCUCAAGGCUAAAGUAACCGACAACAUGAGUCACUUGAUGGUGGAUUUUGCCCAGGAACGCCAAAUACUACAGACUCUCAAAUUCCUGCCAGUUCCCAGCGCGCCCGAGAUAGACGUCGCCGAAUCCUUGGUGGCCGACAACUGCGUAACCCUUGUUUGGAAAAUGCCGGAAGAAGAUAACAAGAUUGACCAUUAUGUGCUGGAAUAUCGCAAAACCAACUUUGAAGGGCCGCCUCGGGUCAAGGAAGACCAUCCCUGGAUGGUUAUUGAAGGGAUCAAACAAACCGAGUAUACGCUGUCUG